UAUUUCAAGCUUUGUAUUGUAGCCAACAGCUCAUUAGAACUCUGAACAACAAGCAUACUGCACAGCUGAAGCUAAGCUCUGGUCUACAGUGUGUUUCUAUAGGAUAAGUAAUGGCAGGCCAAACGGUGUCCAUGAAGGGGCCAGUGUGUCUAAUUGAGAACGACAGUGACGGGAAACUGUGUGUGGUCCGCAGCGCACUGGACACCCUGAGCCAGAUUGAGCAGCAUGUGGUAGUGGUGGCAGUGGUCGGCCUGUACCGCACCGGCAAGUCAUACCUCAUGAACAAACUGGCUGGGACGAACAAAGGUUUUGCCCUUGGAGCCACAAUUCAGUCCCAGACUAAGGGCAUCUGGAUGUGGUGUGUGCCCCACCCAAUAAAAUCAGACCACACCUUGGUGCUGCUGGAUACAGAGGGGCUGGGGGAUGUGGAGAAGGGUGAUGAUAGUAAUGACAACUGGAUAUUUUCCCUGGCUGUUCUUCUGAGCAGCACCCUGGUGUACAACAGCAUGGGCACCAUCGACAACUACGCCCUGGAGAAACUGCACUAUGUGACAGAACUGACAGACCUCAUUAAGUUGAAGUCGGUUGAGGGAGACAUUGAUGAAUCUGCAGACUAUGUCCGUUUCUUUCCGUCUUUUGUGUGGGCAGUCAGAGAUUUCGGACUAGAGUUAAAGCUUGAUAGAAAACCCAUCACAGCACAUCAGUACCUGGAGAAUGCUCUUAAACUGAAACAAGGUACUAGCAACAAGAUUGUUAAAUACAACCUGCCUCGUGAUUGUCUGCGGAAAUUCUUUUCCCCCCGUUGGUGUUUUGUCUUUGAACGUCCUGCCAACUCUGAGAAAAUGAAACGCAUGGAGGAGUUGACAGAUGCUGACUUGGAACCCUCCUUUGUGAAGCAGUCCAGAGACUUCUGUGACCACUUAUUUAAAGAAGUCAAGACUAAGACCAUGAUAGGUGGCCUGAAAGUCACUGGUAAAAUGCUCGGGAACCUGACAGAGAUGUACGUUGACAUGAUACGGAGUGGGCAGGUACCCUGCCUGGACAAUGCUGUGGUGGCGCUGGCCCAGAUUGAGAACUCCAGUGCCCUUGAAAAGGCCAAGGCCUACUACCAGCAGAGCAUGGCAAAGAUGGUGGUCUUUCCCACUGAGACCCAGCAGCAGCUGUCUAUGGUUCAUGCUUCCAUGGAGAGGGAGGCAGUGGCCAUCUUCAUGAAUAGUUCAUUCAAGGAUGAAGACCAGAAGUACCAGAAGGAGCUCAUGAAAGCGCUUCAAGAAGUAUAUUCGACAAUCUGUGAGAAAAACUCGCAGGAAUCCCAGAGGGCAUGCACGCACAUCAUCGAACACAUAUUUGCUCCCCUAAAGGUCCAACUUAGGAAUGGUUCCUACAUGACCCCUGGAGGAUACAAACACUACUGCGAUGAUCUCAAAAUGAUGACCAGCGAAUACAGAUCAACAGGAGGCAAAGGAGUGAAGGCUGAAGAGGUACUGAAGGAGUACCUGAAUGACAAGGAAAGCACUGGUCAGGCCAUCCUGUCAGCAGACCAGUCUCUAACUGAAGCUGAAUUGAAGGCCGAAGAGGAGAAAGCGAAAAGGGAGGCGUCUGAGCAAGAGAAACGAACCAUGGAAGAGCAGAUCAGAGUCCAGGAAAUGCUGAUGGACGAUCAGAAGAGAACACACGAAGAGCAUAAGAAACAGCUGUUGGAGAAGAUGGAGGCUGACAAGGAAAAUGCUAAAGUAGAGUACAAUAGAGUUCUGGAGGCCAAACUCAAGGAGAAGGAAGACCUCCUCAAGGAAGGGUUUCAUUGCAAAGCACAAGAAAUGGAGUCACAGAUAGAGGACCUCAGGAAGGAGCAGGAGGAACAGGAAAAAGCUAAGCCCUCAAAGUGGAAGCUAGCUCUGGAUAACAUUGGAACCGUUGCUCUAAUGAUUCCAGGAUGGGGCAAAUUAAUUGGAGUUGGUUUGAAAGUUGGGUCACAUUUCAUGAACUGAAGGUCCUUUAAGGGGGGAUGAUAGUAUACUACCAAAAUAUAGUGUUUCACCACCAUGUCCACUUUCGAGAAAGGUGUGGAUAAAUUCUAAAAUGUUUUACCUAUCAAUCAUUAGACUGAUUACUUUACAUUAACCACUGCCUUCAGAAAGUGUGUUCAUUUAGUUUAAUGUUUGUUUAAAAGGCAUAAAAACAAUAAAGAGUAUUUUUUAAAGGCAAA